AGGUCGAGGAGAAACUCAACGUCGCUGUGGUGAGGAUGGGCUGCACGGACGGAAUGGUGACGAAAGAGAAUUUCAUGCGGAUAUUCGACUGCAGCAACGACGAGCACAGCAUCGCGCAGUUAUUUGGUGACGUCGGGGUCGACCUCAUCGGCCUUCUCGACUUCUCUGAUUUCAUAUUCCACGACGAGCUCCUCGACGAGGGUGACAAAGUCCUGACGUUCACCGACUUUGUCGACGUUGUGAUGCAAUUGCGGGGCGAUAAAGAGGCGACAGUUAAAGACAUGGUAGACUUGCGCAAGUACCUGCGGAGCCAAAUUCUGGAGCUUGGGACGGCACGAAAAAACCAGCUCCACACGCUCCAGAACAGGAUCUCGAAGCAUCACGACAACCUGGGCAGAAAGUUGGACAUGUUGAGCGAUAAGCUGGAGAGGCCGCCACUGGGCGGCAUCCUGGCGGCGCUCGAGGCGAGCGCGGCAACGGUGGCCGAGCCGGGCACCUACGCGGGACGCCUCGGGAAGAUCGAGUCCGCCCUGGCCUAUGCGAAGCAGGAGCUCCACGCCCUGAAGGCGGACAUAGACAUGGCCCCGCUGAAGCGUGGCCUUUCGUAAGCUACGAGCGCUCAGGUGGAGGGCCUGGACGGCGUGAGGAGCUACCACUGACUCUAGAUUCGACCGUCCCGCAGCACCACUGCCUGCUGUUCGCUCGUGUAGCGCGUCUCACCCCAUACCUCACAGAGGGAGGGAACAAGGAUGCAGCAGUGAGGAAGUGGAGGGUAUGAUUCUAGCCCUGCUCCCCGCCAGUGUAUAGCCUUUGCGAGGGCCCUUGCUGUGUGCACGAGGCGCUCCGCCCAGACUAGGAGUAGCCUAGAGCAGGCGCCGCCGUGGCUUCCUGUGCGCUGUCCCCGCCUUGAUCCAUUCCUCCCCAGUCUGAACUGCGUGUUGCCAUCCGUUUUGGCACCCUCGCCGUCUCUCCUCGGUCGCGCCCGGGCCAGACGUUUCAACUCAUGUAGCUGCUUAGUGGGAGGCCCGCUGCGGCGCCUCCGUCACCUCUGUGCUCUUCCUCUCGCCGCGCCUGUUCGAGACCCGAGUCGUGCCUGGGCCCCCGUCUUGGGCCUCCUGAGCGCGACGGCCCCUUAAACGGAGCACGCCUCGCAUCUGCCAUCUUGCCUG